AUGGAGCGCUGGCCCUGGCCGUCGGGCGGCGCCUGGCUGCUCGUGGCUGCCCGUGCGCUGCUGCAGCUGCUGCGCGCAGACCUGCGUCUGGGCCGCCCGCUGCUGGCGGCGCUGGCGCUGCUGGCCGCGCUCGACUGGCUGUGCCAGCGCCUGCUGCCCCCGCUGGCCGCGCUCGCCGUGCUGGCCGCCGCCGGCUGGAUCGCGUUGUCCCGGCUGGCGCGCCCGCCGCGCCUGCCCGUGGCCACUCGCGCGGUGCUCAUCACCGGCUGUGACACCGGUUUUGGCAAGGAGACGGCCAAGAAGCUGGACGCCAUGGGCUUCACAGUGCUGGCCACGGUGCUGGAGUUGGAGAGCCCCGGGGCCCUGGAGCUGCGCGCCUGCUGCUCCUCGCGCCUCAAGCUGCUGCAGAUGGACCUGACCAAGCCUGAGGACAUCAGCCGGGUGCUGGAGUUCACCAAGACCCACACCAGCAGCACCGGCUUGUGGGGCCUGGUCAACAAUGCUGGCCACAAUGAUGUCGUGGCCGACGUGGAGCUGUCCCCGGUGGACACUUUCCGCAACUGCAUGGAGGUGAACUUCUUUGGCACGCUCGAGCUAACCAAGGGCCUCCUGCCACUGCUGCGUCGUUCCCGGGGUCGCAUUGUGACCUUGGGCAGCCCGGCAGGAGACAUGCCGUACCCCUGCCUGGCAGCCUACGGCACCUCCAAAGCCGCCACGGUGCUGCUCAUGGACACCUUCAGCAGUGAACUGCUGCCCUGGGGGGUCAAAGUCAGCGUCAUCCAGCCUGGCUGCUUCAGGACAGAGUCUGUAAGGAACGAGGGCCGCUGGGAGGAGCGCAAGGACCUGCUGCUGGCCAACAUGCCGCGGGAGCUCCUGCAGGCCUAUGGCAAGGACUACAUCGAGCACAUGCACGGCCAGUUCCUGCACUCGCUGCGCCUGGCCAUAUCGGACCUCAGCCCGGUCGUCGAUGCCAUCACCGAUGCGCUGCUGGCAGCCCAGCCACGUCGCCGCUACUACCCGGGCCGCGGCUUGGGGCUCAUGUACUUCAUCCACCACUACCUGCCCGAGGGCCUGCGGCGUCGCUUCCUGCAGACCUUCUUCAUCAACCCCUGUCUGCCGCGGGCGCUGCGCCCUGGACAGCCCGGCCUGACCCAGGCCCAGGAUGCAGACCAGGACCCAGAACCAAACCCGGGCCCUCCCCCUGUGGCAACCUGGUGA